AUGGAUGAUAAUGAUCCGAAAACCGGUACAGAACCUGAAAUCAAAACCGGCUCCGAGGAAAAAGUGGAGCCGAGCCCGGUUAUCGAACCCGAGCCUUCGUCUGUCGAGUCAGUUUUGAAGCCUGUCGUGGAAGAAUUUUCGGAGGGAGCAAAGGCUCUUGUGGCGUCAUGUGUCGAUCAUGUGGAAAAGGGUUUAGCCGAAAAGUUGGCUCAAGUUAACGUAUCCAAAUCAUUGUUCAAGUUGCCGAGUUCGGAUGAAAAGGUUGGUGAGUCAUCAUCGGAGGCUGCUAAACCGGAGUCUGUAGAGAAAGAAGCACGCGGCUUGGAGGAAAAUCCAAGAAGCACAGACACUCAUGAGGGGCAGCCAUUAGUAGCGGUGACAGCUGGGACACGGGCGUCGUGGAUGAACUGUUGCGGCUUGCUUGAUGUCUUGAGGCCUUCUGAUCAUUGA